CGCGUGCCAACGAGGGUCACUUAACGUCCGAUCACCGUGGCGACGACGGACACGCAACAACGUUGGACGCUCGCGUGUGAAUAGCAGCCCUGUCGCGUUGCACUAUUUAUAAAUACGAUGGGCGAACGGGCGUUCGUCUGCUUCCGCUACUGCCUAAUCGCCGGUGCAAUUCUUCUCGGCAUUUCCGGCGCGAUCGUGAGCGUAUUCGCCGGUUACUUCAUCUAUCAGCUGCAUGAAUAUGCGCCACUCACACCUGAUAACGUGUGUGGCUCAUCCGCCACCUUGCUGGCCAUGGGUGUUAUCACUUGCGGCAUCGGUUGGUUCGUCUGGCAAUUCCUCAAUUUUUCCAACAGAGGCCAAGUCAUCAUUUUUGCCAUAGCAUUGUCGAUUAUCGCUCUGAUUGAAACCAGUGUCGGAAUUUGGGCCUUGGUACGACACGAACAAGUAGAGACCUUACCGUCCGCGCAACACGACGAGAUCUUUGCCCUCGCAAUCACGGAUGAGAAAUCAACCUGGGAUCAUAUGCAAUCCACAUUACAUUGUUGCGGAAUAGACGGACCUUCCGAUUAUCGUGGUACAGAUGCGAUUCCUUGGUCUUGUUGCAAUACGACGAGCCUGGAAAACGACAACGGCACUGAAGGCGUUUGCACUACUAUUUACAAGCGGGGAUGUCAACACGUGGUGUUAAAUCGGACAAGAUCGAUCCUUCUUCACGUUUUUCUGCUUACGUUGUGUUCAGUGCUGUUACAAGUUUCUUUCAUAGCGUGUACGACUUGCUACGCCAGGAUCUACAAAGAUAAGAUGGAUAGAAGAAAAGCAUCGGAAAUAGCCAAGCGCUUGUCUUUGCAAGAGUCGGAUACUAAGGACGUUCUUCUAACAAAUCGAUCAAAAUAUUUGCACAAUUCUGACAAUUCCUAGCCAACGCCACGAACCGUGAAGGACGAAGGUGUGUGUCAUUUACGGAUGUUGCGUCACUGUGAUAUGCGAAAUGAUAUUUCGCAUUGUGACAAACUACUACUAUCUACAGUGUACAGGUAUACAGGUGAUAUUGAUAUCAUACAGAGUAUUCCAGAUCUGUCAAGAAAUAUUUUAGCAAAUAUUUUAUUUUUUGAAGAAUAUCGAGGGUCGCGUUAUUCAUUGCAUUCAAUCUUUAUUUUCUUUUUAUAAAUAAAUCUCGAUUAAAAUUUUUGUUAAACCCAAACAAAAAAAAAAGAAAUUUUUUAAUUUAUUUAUGAAUUAUUUCUAAAAUAUUUUUCUCUCUUGGACUCUCUGUAUGAAGGAAGAAUUUCGAAUGGUGCUAACCCUUUUCAUCUUAUUCUUACUGCCUUUUUUCAAUUUCUUGAAUAAAUAUCUCGCCAAUUUAUUAUGGUUUAGAACACUGAAAUAUUCGCAAUUGAAAAAUAGCAAGUUAUUGUUUACUAUCAUUAUUGCUGUUAUAUUUUAAUGGUAGAUCAACAUAUCGACUUUUUAAAAUUUGGUUUUAUAUUUUUUUAAUUUUUUAUUUUAUUUAGCAAUAUCAAUCCACUGCGAAUAUUAUGCUUUUGUUCAAGAAAUAUAACAUCCCAUUAUCCUAACUUAUAUAUAUAAUGAGCAUAAUAUCAAAGUCUGCGUUUUUUAGAUUAGUUUUUGUACUUAAGAUAUCUUUUAAUGCAAAAGUCAUUACAUAGGCAAUCAAAGUACACAGUGCAAUGCUUUAUACAAUCAACGACACGAAUAAAAAUAGAGUAACAUAGACACCCGGUAUAUAUGCAUCAUUCUCGUAUAUCUUACAAUAUCUGAUUGUGAAAACACUUGACUUUAGAUAAACUAACGAAAUGCAAUCAGAAGAGAUAAGUCGGAAUAAUCGGAAAACUAGCAAAUGCAGCUUUUUCUUUUAUUUUUAUUUAUAUAUCUUAUACUUUUUUAUUUAUGUUUUUUGUUCAUUCCUUUUCGAAUUCCUUGCAUCAAGUUCUCAAUACUAAAUGCAAAUUUGUUUUAUUUUUGUAGAGAAUGUAACAUGUAUGAUAUCUGAAAAUAGAAAUUAUUUUAUACUAAGAACGCGUGAAUGUAUAAUCUUUCUUAAGAAAAAUGUGUUUGAGUAA